AUUGUAUUCACAUAGUUUCUCUUAUCAUCACUAUAUUCCUCAGCUCUUAUCUUAUCCACGUUUUCUUUUUUGUUCAACAUGUUCAACAAAUUUGCCCUGCACUGCCUCUUAUUCUUUAUGGUUUUCUCAUAUCUUUUUCUUCCAUCUUCUUCUCUCCAAACAUCAAGAAGAUUUUUGUCAAAGGAUGAAAAAUCCACGUCAAUGCAAACUUCACUUGUUAAGGUUGAAAAUGUUACUGGAUUAAGUAUUGGGGAAGAUUCAUUUGAUAAAGGAGAAGAAUUCAUGGUAAAAGAAAGGAUGAAUUUGGAAAUAGAAGACUAUCCAGGGACAGGUGCAAACAACCACCAUGACCCCAAUCCACCAGGAAGAGUUUGAGCUAUGAAUACAUUUAUUAAGAUUUAUUAGAAAAUUAUUAUUAGUUUGUAUGUAAAUUGUAGCAUACUUAUAUAUUUUUGGUGUUAUAGUAUGUUUUCAUCCACUAUUUUCUAAUGGAUGAUAUAUAUAUAUGUUUGUAUGUAAAUUGUAGCAGAUUAUUGUAGCUAAAGAUAAAAGUUUUAUUUGUUCAUUA